AUGAAAUUCUCUUAGUUUGAUUUAUUUUCUUCAUAGUUCUACUUUAAUGUUAGAGGUUCAUAAAUUAAAAAAGGAACACUGAUUGGAUCAAUUUUAUCCUUUAUUGUUAUUAUUCUCACUUUAUACUAUUUAGGUUAUUUAUUAAAUCAAUAUGUUAACAAUCAAAUCGAACCUAAUUACAAAGCUUAAAACUUCAAAAACGAGAAAUUUGUAGAUAUUGACUUAACUUAAGACUUAGUAGCUUUCAGAUUCGAAUAUGAUUACAAUCUCAGUAUUGAUUUAUUGGAACAAUAACAAAAUAAAAAGUAUAUUGUUUAUUUAGCUUAUUACAUUUAUAUGAAUUAAUCUAAUUAGGAAUAAAUUUAGCUUGGUGUAAUUAAAUGCUAAGAUCCUAAUUUAUUUGGAUUUUAUUGUUUAGAUUUUUCAAAAAUUAAAAAUCAAACACUUAUUUCUAAUAAUAUUGAAAGCAUUUAAUCUCAAAUACAAAUAUAUACUUAUGGUUGCUUAGAUGUGGACUCUUAAAAAACAAGUAUUCCCAACAACUGCGCAAAUCAAACUAGCAUAAAUGAUGCAAUAAAUAGAGUAAACUCGGGUUUAAAAGUGAAAGUAAAAACUUUCCAGUAUAAUACAACUUCAAAAUCAAACUAAAUUAGUUAUAGAAACAGCUUAAUUUACACUCUUUCUAGCUAAUAAAUACUUACAUCGUUAAAAAUUUAGAAACAGUUAACAUCUGUUAAAUAGGGAUACUUUAUUUAAUCAGAAUCAACUUUUACUUCACCUUUACAAUAUGAUCUAGAGAACUAAAGCUUAGAUAGGUAAUCAACAUUGCAAUUAGCUAAUAUAGGAUGUUAUAGCUAACUCAAUAUUUUAGUUGAUGAAAUUUAUUAACAAAUUUAAAUUUAGUAUCCUACAAUUCCAUAACUAUUGGCUCUUGUAAAUAGUAUUUUUUCUGCCUUGAUGCUGUUUGGAUUUAUAGCUAGAUAAAUUUCAUUGAAAUCUAUCAAAAAAGACUUUUUUAUGAUAUUUUUACAAAAUAUCUUCCCCGAUAGCUAUUUUUAAAUUUUAAGCAUCAAUAAAUUGAUAAAAAAGUAAGAAGAUAAUUAAAGAGAUCCUUAAAUUCGAAUAUAAAAAGAUUUAAAAGAAUCAGAGGAAAUAGAAGAUUAGCAUAUUCGAGAAGAUAAAUCGAAUAACUAAAUUCCUUCUAUAAUAGCUAAAUCUAAGCAAAUCUUGGAUUUACAGAGCCAAAAGGAUCUAAAUAGCAACUUUGAUUUUUAAAAAUCAUAUAAAUAAUUAUCACUUAAAUAAUAAACUGAAAAUGAUUUAACACUCUUAGAAUAAAAAGAAUCUUUAAAUUAGACUAAUAAUAACAGAGACUCUUUAAAUUUACCAUCAAUUAAAAAAAAUAUGCAAAUUUUAAAUUUAAGUUUUACUGCUGAUUAACAACUACUACAAAACUAAACUUUUACUUAAUUGAAAAUAGAUUUAGAUAACUCAACUAAUAACUAUAAAUUUAGAUAAAAAUAAUAGAAAUCUGUUACAAAAUAAAUUGAAUAAGUAAAACCCUCUUUAAUUACUGAAAGUUUUAAAAAAUUCAGCUUUGAUGGAAAAUAAUUUAUUGAUGGAUGCCUACUGAAAUUAAAAUUAAUAAAUGAUUCAGAAAUUGCCAAUAAAAUCAAAAAUAUUAUAUUUAAUAAAAAGAUUUUCAAAAUGAAAUGUAAGCCGAAAUUAUCAGAAUUGCAAAAAGAUAAAAUAUAUCAAUAUGUAGAUAGGGAUUUAGAUGUAUUUGAAUUUUAUAAAGAUAUAUUAUUUCUAAAGAAAGCUGUGAUGAUUUUGCUUAGCUAAGACUAGCUCGCAUCUCUUUAACUCGUAGGAUGCUCUUCAAAUUUUAUGAAUUAAGAAUUCAGAUAGUCAAAUUCAAUAAAAAAUAAAAUUAUUAAUUACAAGAAAUUUAAUCUUGAAAACAAUUUUAAUCAUUACGAAUAGUAACUAGCCUUGCAAAUGUCUGAAGAUUUGUAGUUCAAACAAGUUUAAAAUUUUUUAGAAAAGUGCUAACGUAUGCAAAAUAAUUUGAAUAUAAUAGAUCAAAGAAUAUUGUCAUCUAUAAUUUAAAGCUCUUCAAUAAACUGA